UAAUAAAAAAAAAACUGGCUUCUGUUCAUUACCAGAAGAAGGGAGCGAAGAAGGAUCAAAAUGGCAACAGCUACCGCUUCCUUCUGUGUAGUUCCUUCCUCUUCUUCACUUUCUUUUCAUAAGUCAUUCACUUCAAGAAACGCCAUGGCAGCAGUGGGAUUGCUUUCUUUUGCACCCAAACCUCACACUCCUUCCUCUCUCACUGCAAGUUUUAUCUCUCUCUCCGUCGAGCAAAAGCUUCCCAGGAGUUCACUUCGAGUGAGAUCAGUGGCUGCUCCAGCAGAAGAUGUCGCUGGAUUUGAUGAUAUGGUUUCCGGGACGCAACGGAAGUAUUACAUGCUUGGCGGAAAAGGAGGAGUAGGAAAGACCAGUUGUGCUGCUUCACUUGCAGUAAAAUUUGCAAACAAUGGGCAUCCCACUUUAGUGGUUUCAACUGACCCAGCACAUUCUUUGAGUGAUUCUUUUGCUCAGAAUUUAACUGGAGGGACGUUAGUACCUGUUGAAGGACCUGAUUACCCACUGUAUGCACUUGAGAUAAACCCUGAAAAGGCUAGGGAAGAAUUUCGUACAGCAACUCGGAAAGAUGGAGGAACUGGGGUCAAAGAUUUUAUGGAAGGCAUGGGCCUUGGAAUGCUUGUUGAACAGCUGGGAGAGUUGAAAUUGGGAGAGCUACUGGACACACCUCCUCCUGGUUUGGAUGAAGCUAUAGCAAUUUCAAAAGUGAUGCAAUUCCUAGAAUCUCAAGAAUAUAGCAUGUUUACUCGAAUAGUUUUUGAUACUGCACCCACGGGACAUACAUUACGACUUUUGUCCUUGCCAGACUUCCUGGAUGCAUCCAUAGGCAAGAUAUUGAAGCUUAAACAAAAAAUAGCUUCUGCCACAUCUGCCAUCAAAUCUGUUUUUGGACAGGAAGAAAACCGACAGGAUGCUGCUGACAAAUUGGAACGAUUGAGGGAGAGGAUGAUAAAAGUGCGUGAGCUUUUUCGUGAUACUGACUCCACAGAGUUUGUCAUAGUUACAAUUCCCACGGUAAUGGCAGUCAGUGAGUCGUCUAGGUUGCGUGCCUCCUUGCAAAAGGAGAAUGUUCCUGUUAAGAGACUUAUAGUUAAUCAAAUUCUUCCUCCAUCUGCCUCUGACUGCAAGUUUUGUGCAAUGAAAAGAAAGGAUCAGAUGCGUGCUCUUGAUAUGAUACAAAGUGAUCCAGAACUCUCCAGUUUGACAUUGAUAAAAGCACCGCUGGUUGAUGUAGAGAUCAGAGGUGUUCCAGCUCUUAGAUUUUUGGGGGACAUUAUAUGGAAAUGAGCAUCGGAAGAAUGAUGUGAGAAAUGCACGAGGGAUUUCCAUCUUUUUGGUAGCCUUGUAUAGAGCAGCCAAGAUACAAUACAAAAUCAGAACAAUUAUGUUUUAUAGAACCUCAAGUUCCAUUACACUUUUUAGCAAAAUUUACAUUAAGAAACCAUUUUGGCCAUUGGCAAUUACAAGAUACAGAAGGUGAAGCCCCCCAUUACUGUUAAUAUCAAGCAAGAAGCUACAUAAGCAUGUAACACUUGACCCAGUGAGCAAAUUUGGAUGGCAAAACCUGUGUCAUGGAUAUUGAAUGAAAAUUCAUUGUCUUGGUUUUUGCC